AUGUUGAAGGGGUUUAUGGGUCAAGGAUUUACCAUUUCUUUAGAAAAUUGCCUUGCCCAACUAUUUAUUUACUUCUUAGUUGGGACAGCAGAAUUCUUCCUUUUUGGAGUGAUGUCCUUUGAUCGAUACUUAGCUAUCUGCAAGCCUUUGCUUUACACUGUCAUUAUGCACAGGCAUAUGUAUACUUGUCUUCUAGCAGGAGUGUGGAUCGGAUCAUUUUUCAACAUUAUCUUGCCUUGUGUUUUAUUGAUGAAGUUAACGUUUUGCAAUAAUUUAAUUGACAAUUUCUUCUGUGACUUAAGUCCUCUUCUUACAAAUUCUUGCACAGAUACCACUAUGAUUGAAUUUAUUUUUGGUGCAAGCACAUUAUAUAUUUCCAUGCUUCUGACAGUCAUCUCUUAUAUAAAGAUACUUCUAGAAGUGAUGAAAAUGGAUUCAGCUGAUGGAAGAGGAAAGGCUUUGUCUACUUGUUCUUCACAUGCAAUUGUAGUGACUCUAAUCUACAGCAGCUGCAUAUUUUUGUAUGCAAAACCAGCAAAAGGUCAGGGUGCUAGUUUGAAUAAAGGAGUUGCCAUCCUGAAUACUGUGGUGGUUCCUUUGCUCAACCCAUUUAUCUAUACAUUAAGAAAUGAGAAUGUUAGGAGAUCAUUUUCUGAUAAAGUACUAAACAUUUAA